AUGGCGUCCCGUGGCGUUCCGAGUGGAAUCCUGUCCCUUGGAGCAGACUCGUACGGGUUAGAGCACCAUGGCGUGCGAUCACUGUAUUCUCCUAUUGAUGUUCACCACCAAACGAUCGUUUUGGUCGCCCAUGUUCCUGUUUUAAAAGGCUCCACAUCUUGGAACUUCUUGGGCGGAGCGAUUGCUCAAGUCUGGAAAGCUAUUUUGAAUGGAGUCGAGCUGCUCAAGUCGCUUACUUUGAGUGCUCGAUCAGCGGCACAAUCGCAAGUGAUACACGCACCCUCGAAUUUCGGCAUAGCUUCUUACCAUAUCCAUCUACCAAAUCCAGCCACGAAAUACGGACCAGGUGUAGAAGCCACCGGUCCGGACAUCCGGGCACAUCAAACUAAUAUCAACCACACCACUACACCAAAAAACAUUCACUGCAAAUCUGGAACUGAUCUGCGUGCUAACGAAUCAUACUUUGACGACUUCAACAGUCUUCAUGAGGAGCUCUCAUGCACGAGCCAUGAGGCAGCAUUUCUGACCUUGGACGAACCAGAUGACUGGGUGAUAGUGAACGUUAAUACUCCGGAAAGGGAGUAG